CCCUUCCAGAGGUGCCGUCAAGCCCCGCCCACUUCCAGCGCACAGCAGCCUGGAACCUCCGUGACUCGUCUCCGCCGCGGCCGCCGCCUCCGCCUCCUCCUCCUCCAAUUCUCAGCCCGACAGACAUUGUUUGCACAGCUUUUCCCUGUACCGAGCACCGCCAAGCAGCACCAGAGAGGCACAAAUACGUAAGCAGCCAUGCAGAGCCACCAGUAUGUCCACCUGUCAGCUGCAAGUGUGCAGGGCUGGAGGAACUACACCAGCCAGGCUGUUCAGCUCCUGGAUCUCAACAGAAACAUUUUGGAUUCAUAUGUGUUGGAUUUCUUCACUGAAGAUUUGUGGUCUCGACUGAACCCAAAGUGGACAGCUGUUCUUGACAAGUUCAGUCCUGGUGACCUUGCCUCAUUCCUGCAGAAUGGUGCAAGUAUUAAACAGGAGAGUGCUUGGCCCCUGUCACUCCUGGCCUUCCGCACUGCAUCGCAUGCCCUCAGCCUGCCCCGGAAGGCUGUGUCCUCUGUGAACCCCCUCCUGCACUACCUCAGUCAGCAGGUCCAGACAGGCAGCAUUAAACUUAAUAAACCAGAGUAUCAUGAGAUAUCACGUAAUGUAGAAAAUAAAUCAGAAAUUGAAUGCGACACUGGCACUGUUCAGUGUGAGGGACACAUUAAGGCAGCACACAAGGAUGUAGAUAAAAGUGAUGCAGAUUUUAUCUCUCCAGUACAACAAGUGUCAGUUUCAUGGGGAGAUUCUGAUUCUGAAUUGAGUGCAGCUGCAGGACAACACAAGUUACUGCAGCACGUGUUCCGCCGCCACCUGAAGCCAAAGAAACAGCAUGAGGUGGCUCGCCUGGCCAUUGUGGCGGCCCAGGUGGCUCGCUGUGUCUGUGAUGGAGUCAUGGUGGACGUUGGCUCGGGGCAGGGCCACCUCUCAAGACUCCUGGCCUAUGGACAUGAUGUGAGAGUCGUUUGUCUUGAGGCAGAGGAUAAAUUCAUUGAUGGAGCUCGCAAGUUUGACCAUCAGCUGGAGAAGGCUGUUGAGAAGAUGACCAGGAAGAACACCAGUCUGCCGCCGCUGCCCCCUGGACCCCGGCACGCUGUCUGCCACCUCCAGCCCAGCAUGGACCCACACACCUUCACCAAGGUUAUCACAGGGGUCUGGCCAGAUCUUCAGUCAAGAGGGGAGGUGUGUGGCCUCCUGGGCUUGCACACAUGUGGGGACCUGGCACCAACCCUGCUCAGAAUUUUUACCAGCAUGCCAGCGUGCCAGGCUAUGGUGUCUGUGGGGUGCUGCUACAUGAAGCUGACCACUGCCAGUGAGGAGAAUCCUGGCUUUCCCAUGAGUAACUUUGUGAGGCGUCUCCCUGGCCACGCCCUGAGCUAUGAGUCACGGGAGGUGGCCUGCCAUGCAGUGGAAAUGUACACUGACCGUCUCUCUCUUGGCGCCGACAACCUGAAGGUUCACUGUUACCGCGCCUGUCUGGAGGAGAUACUGGUGAAGCACUGGCCGCAUCACUACCACGCUGGCCUCCGCUCUGUCAACAACGCCCACCACAUGGACUUUUCCACCUACGCCAAGCAGGCAGUGUCUCGGCUUCAGGAUGUGGUGCUGCCCGAGGCGGAUCUGACAAGUGAAGAGACCUUGCAUAACCUCACCAGAUGGCAGCAGGUGGUGGUGUACUACUCGCUGCGGCUGCUGCUGGCGCCGGUGGUGGAGGCUGUGGUGCUGCUGGAUCGCCUGCUGUUCCUGCAUGAUAAUGGUGUGUGUGUGUGUGUGUGUAGGGUGUCUCCUGCAGCCAAGCAUGGGAUGGCCACAGUCACUGCAUUCAUAAUUGAUUGGGGGAAAUGCAAUAACUGAAAUGGACAUUGCAAAGUGAUUCCAUGGCCUGUCUUAUUCACCAACGCAAAUUUUACUUUCAGGGUUAGAGGGCAUUCUCUUUCCUGCCUUCGAUCCACAGCUGUCACCAAGAAAUCAUGUUCUUGUCAGUGUUAAACCAACUAAUAAAUUAUGACAGUUAA